AUGGCCUGCACGCAUAAGUCGUCGCUGUGCUUGAGCAUCUCCCUCGAGGCCUACGGCGGAACUGCAGAGACUCUAGGAAGUGGAGAAACCUAUUGCGUUAGUGGUGGCGGUGGUGAUAGUUGUAGUUGUGGUCGACAGUCAGGGCUGGUAGCUGCUGCGCCAACAGCAGAGCCAUGCGCGCAUCCCUGCAAAGGAAAACUUACAAUCAACUGCACAGAGUGCCAGGAAUUGUAUCGUCGUGGUCGACACCUGUGGCUGGUAGCUGCUACGCGAAAUGCAGACCUUGUGCGCGCUCGUGGUCUACUGCGGAACUGCAGAGCCCGUGCGGGCAUCCCCGUAAAGGAAAAUCAAAUCAAUUGCGCAGUCGCUAGGCUAGGGCAUCGAUGCUCUGAGCGCAGCUAG